AUGGCAACGUGUUGUAGGUUAGAUCCAUCGGCGCUGGGAGAGCUGCAAAAAUUGUUUAGGCCCUUCUCGCACAGUAUUGCAAGCUUAUGUGAACAAGCGAACCUUUUCCAGCCAGGUAUUAAUUGCUUAUCCGACACUUCCUGGAGAUUUGAAGACUGCCGUCUUGGUCGAAAGCUUUGCACCGGGGUGGAUGGCACCGUCGCACAGCAUGGCACGCUCGACUUACAACGGAGGAAUCAGUGUGAUCUUCGCCUCCUGGAUCCCGAUGAGGAUCCGUUGUGUAAUGCAGCACCGAGCAAAACCGAGUCCUUUGGGGCCCGAGCCGCCUCCUCGCAAGAGGGCCUGCUAGGAGCCACUGACGCAGCGCUGGGUACUCCACUGCGGGCCCGCUGCGCAUCCAGCGAUCCCGACAGCAUCCCAGCAUCUGUACUGCCCGUGAAUAUGGUGCCACAGACCUGCUUUGAGGCCAGCUUUGUGCCAGGGUCCGUACUGGACAGCGCGGGCGUUCCCCCGUCCACGGGCUCUGACCCAGAAAUUGCAUCUGCUGGCUGCGGUGCUCUGUUGUCGCACAGCAGCGAUGGGAACCCAGCAUUUCACCUUCAGCACGUGACCAUGGUGCCAGAGACUUGCUUCGACGACAUCGACUGGUUGCAGCCACAGCUACAGUUGCCAGCCUCUUUGCUGCAGACCCAGCCUCAGCUGCCCACGAACUCGGGCGACCUGACUUCUUUGGCAGCAGCAGGCAAUGAACUGACCGGCAUCAAUGGCGCAAACAUUACGCGCGCGGAAGACACUCUUGUUACAGCUCCUGUGCAUAUGACCUGCACCGCCGCAGCAACAACAGCGAACAUGGCUGUGUUAUGCGCAGCGGCGCCAAUGGAUGGCGCUAGUAUGGGCCUUGUAAACAGGUUCCCGGAGCGCUUGGGCCAGGACCGGCAAUUGCUGCAGCUACAUGAGCAUCAUCCAGCCACAGCUGCCCCACUAGACGCAACCCAAGCAAUAGAUGUCGUUGCCCAUCCACUACCCACAUGCGACGCCAGGGUCCUGCCGGUUCCGCCGCCUGGAUACAGCUUCGACGUGGAUGCGGCUCCGGACCCUGGCUUUGGGGUGGCGCCUACGCAGCAGACGCCGCAGCUCGAUGAGUUAGGGCGGCACCUUGGCAAUAUGCCCAGCAGUGUUCCCGGCGCCCGGUCAGGACAGCUUCCAGCAGUUAUGCAGCCCUCCUUCGAUUACAUGCUGGAUGAGCCCACGCCGCCACCCAAGCAGCUUCCUAAAGGUACACGCCUGCUGAAACCCGGGCAGCGCGCACGGCCGCUGCCGCCACCCUCUUCAGCCAUGCCUCCAGCAAGGACAUUGGACGGCCUGCUGGGCGGAGCAAACGCUGCGGCCUCCACCACCGCACCCGGCGGCACAGCCUCCUUAGGCGCGGAGGGACUCGCUGUGUCUACCGAAGGGGACCAGCGUAGACCGGAGCAGGAAAUGGGUUGCCCGCUUCGGACGGUUGCCCACGAGGGGUUUGGGUACGGGCACGAGCAGGUCACGAAUGAGUUUAUCGUCCAAGACCAGCUACCGCGGCAGCCGGUGCACAAGUCGCCCCGGUGGCAGCAGCUGGAUGAGCCGCGGGAGCAUCUGCAGCAGCAGCAGCCUACGCGUCAAGGGCAGCAACAGCUUCAGGGAGGUGGGCCUCAGCCCGGCACGCCUCGCAUGCCGGUCAUGGACCAGGUCGAGCCGCGCCUGGCCAGGCCGGUCUUGCUGGAACAGCCGCCGCAGGUGCAAGGCGGUGGGGCGCAUGACGAACUGGGGCUGGGGCUGCCUCAGCAUCUGCAGCAGCAGGGGCAACAACAACCAACCGUCUGGGAUUGCUUUCCCACGCCUGACUUGAUGCUGUUCCCGCCGGAAAGGCAGGGCGCGGUACAGUCCGGCCAAAGUCCCUGCCCAGGGCAGCAGCAGCGCCAAUACCAUCCGCACCAGCAGCCUCAACAGCUGGCCCCGCAGCAGCCCGGGCAAUGGCGACUACCGCAGCCUCCAGAGCCGCCCAUUGGAGACUGCCGGCAGCUGCAAAUGCACCAGGGCAGGGAACAGCAACAGCAGCGCCAGGAUCACAACUACCAUCACAACCAAAAUCGCAGUCACCAACAGCAGUACGAGCACCAGAACCCUUCGUACAAGGAACACCAGCCGACCCUAUUUCACGUGCCAAGCCACCACCACCACCACCAACGAACCCAUCAUUCUUACCACGACCCGCAACAGCAGCAGCACCAACAACAUCAAUCGCAAUACCCCCAGUAUUACCAGCAACAGAAUCACCAGCAGCACCACGCAGGCGCUCCGCCUCUGGUGAUUGAUCGUGGGACUUCACACCACCCGGCUCCGUGGACCGGCGACCAUAGCACUGCUUCCUGGGAGGGCAAGCCGGCGCUGCCGCAACCGCACGCUCUCCAGCAACCGGGCCACAGCACAGCACAGGAUUGCAUUUCCGCGGCGCAGCACUCUGCAGCGUCUGCUGGUGGAAGCGUGCAUUUCGGCUCACAUAUCCACCCUCCAGGCACCGCAGCCUUUCCGAGCCGGCGGCAAUCUCUGGAGGAGAGAUCAUGGCAACCUCAUCAGCAACGUCAGCCGCUGUCACCACAGCACCCGCAGCAGCAGCUGCAGCUGCCGGGCAGCCACGGUUGCGCCCCGUCGAUGCAACAGCCUGGAAACUAUGGCCUGCCGCCGACGGGGAGUGCCUGCCACCGCUCUGCCGCAGCACCCAGCUGCGUGCGGUGGCAAGAGCAGCACCAGCACCACCAGCCGCAGGCGCUGCAACUGCAGCAGCGGCCGGCAUGGCAUCCACAGCAGGCCAUGAUUGCAGGACGAUCCGAGAGGCAGCCAUCCCCUCCACCGCAACACCAACUGUACCAUGCAGCCUGCCAGCCGCAGCAGCAGCAGCAGUGGCAGCAGCAGCUACAACAACAGCACCAGCACCAGCAGCAACCCUGUGCUGGUCAUUCAGCAUUGUCGCAACCUCUGCAGCCGCAAUCGCAUGGUCACAGUCAAGCUUGGCUUCAGCAUGUUCCAAAUAACGGCAGGAGGGACCCGUCACCGCAGCCACCUCCUGCGGGUGGCGGUCUACCAGUGCAACUGCCGCCGCCUCCUCAGGUGCGGCCGUGCUUUCCCCAACACGUAUCUUGGGAGUCUCGGGGCCAAUUACACUCCGCCCCUCCUGCCGUGAACAGCCACACACCUGCGCCGCCGCAAGCUCAAAGGCAGCCGCUUCCAGCGUUGUCUGCUAACACUCCCUUCCCGAGGCCCUACGGCACAGACCUGCACACUCCCCCGCCUGCCUUGCCUACCACCAUCACGGGCAGCAAGCAGCCACCUGGACCCUCCUCCCGCCAGGCGCAGCAGCAGCCAUUGCAUCAUGCCCAUGCCUCGAACCAGCUCAAUAACGACAGGCAUAUACAGCACCCACAAUCGGUCAGGGCGUCCCCUGCGAUGCAGCAGUCCUAUGGCGGCCACCAGCAGCUGCCGCACGGCCCGCCGCCGACGGGGUUAGACCACCAGCGGCAGCAGCCACCUUUGGUGGUUCUUCCCGCGAUAGUGCACGGCGGCGCAACCACGCCGCACGCAGCGACCCGAAACCUAACAGACGCAUCAGCGCACGGAGUGCAUGCGCGGUUCAGUGGCGCGGCGCGGCUGGGACAGGAGCCGGGCACAGGGCCGGGAUCCUGCGGCUUUCGCACCGCGGCGGACAAGCCUAUCCACCUCAGCGACGCGGCGAGGCAGCGCGCUGCAGCCUUUUGGGUUAAGGUGCUGGAGGAGCCGGAGACGGUGGUGGAUGGAGGUGGAGUUGCUGGGGAGGCGGUGGUCACUGAUGAGACAGGCAGAAGCGUGCAGCAGCAACACGGGAAGAUGGAGGCGCGAAACUGCGAUGGCCGUGUGUCCGAAUCUCCUGGCGGCUCGGCGGGAAGUCGGUUGGCUUUGCCCGCACCUCCGUUGGAGAUUCCCCCGACGGUGCCGCUGCUGGCGUUCGAGGAUGUCGAGGCCGACAGCGAGAACGUGGGGCCGCUCGGGAAUGGACCCCCUCCGACAGGCGGCAUGCCACUGCCGCCGCCACCGCUGCCAGCUCCUCUGCGCAACGAAGCUCAGGCCCACGGCGCUGGUACUGACAGCAUUACAGCUUUCGGAGCGGGGGCAGGACUUGGCACGAGCGACGCCGCGGCGGUCCCUGGCAUCAGCGGCAUGGCGAAUGACAAGGACUGUAGUGGCGAUGUUGAAGUAGGGUUCGGUAGUGAUGGAUCCCAUGGUGGCGGUAGCGGCUUCAUUUUUGCUAGUGGCCGGCGCCCACAGGUAUCGGCGGCAGCAAUGCGGCGUGGCGCGGAGGUUCUGGCCAAGGCGCUAACUGCAGCGGCUGUAGAUCCUUCGGAGGGCUGCGGUGCCGAGGAUGCCGGCAUGUCUCACACCGUCGCCAAGGGCGCGAGCGAGUGGCUUGCAGCCGCAGUUACAGAGGCCUUCCCCGCACACGAUGCAGGAGUAGCACAAGUGGAGAAUCUGCAAGGGAGAAACCGCCCAGAUGGCGGCGUCGUUGCCCUUGCAGCUGCUGACGGAAACCGGUUCGACAGCGGCACAGGACCUGCUAUCGCCGUUCAGACGCCAUGUGGAGAUUCCGGGGCUCAGGCUGCGGCAACCACAGGUCCUAGCGUUCGCAUGGAAACGGACCCUGCAGCAUGCGGAUUCAGCACGGCGGCCGGCCGGCCGGUCGUCAUUUCUGAAGCUGCAAGGAAACGCGCCGCGGGCUGGCUGGCCAAGAUCCUGGACGAGGACGACACAGAGGAGCGUGAGAGCAGAAGCCACGGCGGAAAACUAAGCGCGGGUGUGGAUGCGGGUCCGUUCGUCUCGGGGCCUGAUGAAAACCGGAUUGCAGACAGCCGGAGAGUUAGGCCGCGUGGGGCCUUUAGCGCCGUGUCUGCACAGGGAGGUAGCGCAAGGCGUGGAGCUGUUGGCGCUACGGUCGUGGCCGCUUCCACCGCUGCUGCUGUGCUUUCCACUGCGGGCAGUGGAGGACUGAGCGGUCUGGGCGGCGGCUUCAGCACAGCGGCCGGUGCGCCAGUCGCUAUCUCAGAUGCGGCGCGGAAGCGGGCCGCGAGCUGGUGGUCGAAGGUCCUGCAGGACCAGGACAACGGCAUGGGGAUGGCGGAAUGCAGUGCAGGUUGUGGUGGUGAGCAGGAUGCUAAGGGCGCCGCGGCAGGUGCUGACGUUUCUGGGAGCGUCGGCAUCGGUGGGCAAACCAUGGCGGCGGAGGCGAUGGCAGUAGCAGCAGCAACUGGGGGCUGUGCUAGGAAUAGGACUGAUAGCCCUUGCACUGAUGCUGAGGCUGGUCGUGCAGCUGCAGUAAAUCAGGCCGGCCCGAUAGCUCCAAUCGGCGAGGGGUUUCCCGGCUUCAGCACAGCUGGCGGCAGGCCUGUGGUCGUAUCCGAGGCGGCGCGGCAGCGUGCGGCGGGCUGGAUGGCCAAGAUCUUGAACGAGGAGCCGGCCCAGGGACCGGGCGUUGACGGCGCUGGUGGUAAUGGAAGCGGUGAUGGCAGUGGUAUGGCCACGGGCAGUGGCGGCGCUGCACAGCUAGGAGACGCACCUUCAGCGGGCGCAGCGGCGACUGCGGGCCAGGGCGGCGAUGACCCGGCGACGGCAACAGCAGCAGUAGCCGCUGGUGGCAGCUUCGGGGGCUUUAGCACAGCUGGCGGCAGGCCUGUGGUGGUGUCGGAGGCGGCGCGGCAGCGCGCCGCUGGUUGGCUGGCCAAGGUACUUAAGGACGAGUGCAGCGAUGGUGACGAGCAGGAUGUCCGUGGUGCAGGUGCUGGGCACGGCGACAGCGGCUUUGGCGGUAGCACAGGGGCGGCAGGGUUCUCUGCAGUUACGGCAGGUGCGAAAAUGGCAGGAGGGUCCGCGAGUGGAAUGGGUCCUCCUGCUGACCUGGGCAUGGCUGCGGCCGCCGGGGCCGUCGGCUUCAGCACGGCGGGCGGGCGGCCCGUCGUCGUGUCAGAAGCCGCGCGGAAGCGCGCUGCUGGCUGGAUUGCCAAAGUCCUGGACGCAGACGACGGAAACCACGGCGACCAGGAGGUCUGCCACCCCUCUGUUGCAGCCGCGGUCGCCGCCGGCAUGGGCUCGGCAUCGGGUUUGGUUAAAGCAGGACCCAAGCGUUUGGCGCCUCGGCCUUCUCCUCGCGGCGACGGCAGCGAACCAUCAUUCAAGCCACCGGUACGCUGCCGUGUGACAUCGGCACCGGUGUCGCACGCGGCGGCUAUGGAGACUACCGGCCCUUCUGUCGCCACUGCUACCGCUGCUGAUGCUGCCGGAGGCUACCUUGCCACCGCAGAGGGACACCUGGAAGGUGCCACAGCUGCCGCUCAUGCACCCAGCGCCGCCCUGCACCCUACCCACCCGCCAUCAUCAGGCACACAGCCUUCCGCAACGCCAGCCACUUCUACGCUAACCUCUCCGUUGCUACCUUACCCGCGGCCGGAGCCUCCGCAGCCGCAGAGAAACGGGGAGGUUCGUGAGGCUGCGGAUUUCGCCGGUGUCUCGGUGCCGGUUGGACUUGCGCGCCGGCUGCUGCCUGCGGCGUCCGUUGUGGCGCUGCCGCCAGCGGCCACCGCGCUGCCGCGCUCCGGCCUCACCUUCGCCUCGGGACGGCCGGUAGUGCUCAGCGAGGAGGCGAGGAGGUCCGCGGCGGCAUGGCUGGAUCGUGACUGUGAGAGUGGGGCAGCGACGGCGGCGGUGGCAGCGCCGGACGCGCAUGCACAGGCGACAACCACAGCGUCACCCGCAGGCACAACAGCGGUGAUAGCAAGCGCAGUAACAACACCAGCAACAGCAGGAGCACGGACAGAUGGAGAUGUGGUGGCGGCGGGGCUGGAGGAAUUUGCCGAGGGGAGGAUAUUUGUUUCUAAAGCGCGUGUGGAGGGAUCCGUUGCCGUCACCGUGGCAGAUCCGGCGCCAGAUGAGGCUGGUGUCAGGGAGGAAUUGAGUCCUCCUGCAGCGGCGGGCCGGCAGAACGACGGUGAAAAGAAGGCGACGACCUAUGGGUCGAACUGGACCGCAUCAGCAUCACCGGGCCUUAUGACCGCCGGCGGCAAAGCGAUUGCAGUAAAUCCGGCGCGUCUGGCCGCGGCGGCAGCCAUGUUGCAAGCGGUGGGCGCGGUCGCAACAGACGAGGGGAGCGACGGCAGCGCGGCUCCUUCACCACUAUGCGCAGUCGAGGGACGGGCCCCGAACAUCAGCACGACACGCGGUGGUGGCCUGCAGCUUGGGCCGCGGCAGGAUCUGCAGCACCUGCAGGCACAGUCGCUGAAGCAGCAGCUACAGGAGCAGCCAGCCACGGCUACGUUGUCGGCAGAGGCAACGCCAGUGGCGGCCAGAGUGGCGGCGGCGCCCACGGCACCGUUGCUGGGGGCCCUUAUGACUGCGGGGGGCAAGUCGGUUUUGGUCAGUGAGGAGCGGCGUCGGGCGGCGGAAGCGAUGCUGGCCUCUGCUGCCACAGCGGCAGAAGUCGACGCGGGAGAAGAAGCAGGGCCGGGCUGCGAUAUGUACCUGAAUCGCUCCGGUCACACUACUCCUGGGCCUGAAACGGGAAUUCGAUGCGGACCUGGAGCGAGGCCCAUGGCUCCUGAAGGCACUGUGGACAUGACAAUGAGCGCCGCUUGCGUCGGUAGGGAUGCUGACUCGGAGGUGGGAGGGUCGCGGAUGCCCCUGGCGCCACGGCAACUAGUCCCAGCCCUGUCUGCAGCCCUUGGGUCCAUCCAAGCAGGGGGUCUAGUGGCCCAUGACAUUAACACGGGCCGCUCGGCUGUCGGCAACCCGAUCGCCGCCGCUGGCGCCGCCGCAGGACAGCACACACCAAUGCGGUCGCUGCCACAGCCGUCAGCCGCGGCGGCGCCAGCGGCACCUGCCGCCGCCGCUACACCGCCACGCGCCGUCACGCCACGCACGGUUGCAGGCGCCGUGACGCGUGUUACCGGCUUGCGAGGGCCCGCACCCUCCACGGGCGGCCUCAAGCGGCCACGCGCACCUGGAGAUGGCGGUUCCGGAGCCGCUCCAACCCCUGGCACAGGGCGGCCCCCGCGCCACACAGCCGCUGCCACAGCCGGUGGCAAACGCAAGUUCGUUUCUCCUCUGCCGGCCGGGUACAAGGGCAAGCCUGGCGCCGUAGAUUGCGCGACGCCGCUGGGGGCCGGGCCCAGAGGCGACAGCAGUCCGGCAGCUGAGGCUUGGUCGGCAGGCGGAGGCGCUGCAGGGAUACGCAGCGCUAAGCGAUGCGGCAACGGGACAGGCUCUCCAAAGCGGCCCCGUCUGUCUUCUCUGUUUGAGCUGGAGGUGGGCAUCGGUGGCGCGGCCACCAAGCUGCCGCUGAGGCAGUACUUCUCGCUGCCGCCCACGCCCCCGGGCGCCUCACCACUGCCUAACCCGCAGCGGGGCGGUGGUGGCUGCGGCCAGGAGCAGCCGCCAGCCGUGGAUGGCUGCGGUGGCGGCGAGGCCGCGGGUGGUGCAGGCGGCGACGGAGAUGCGGCGGUGCAUGGCUGCAGCAGCGAUGCUGUGGCAGCGGCAGUGGCGGCAGUCGCACCGAGCCAAUUUGCGCCGCUGACACAGGCGGUCCUUGACGGCAUUACGGCUGCUACUGCCGCGGAGUUCAAGUUCUGGGUGAUAGUGCCGGCUCCUCCGCCACAGGCUCCGGCCCCACCUCCGCCACCUGCAGCGCAAGAGGCUCAACAGAAAGUGAGCGUGGCUAAUGGUGGCGGCAGUGACGGUGGGCUUGGUGGUGGUGGUGGUGGUGACGCCAACGGCGGCGGUGGCGGCGGCGGCUGUGCUGCCGCAGAGCGCGUCGCAUGGGGUGCAGCAGAGGCUCGAGAAGUGCUGCAGCAGCUCGAGGUGCUGCCACGCAGUGCACGCGAGCGGGCCACUGACCCGUGGGUCACCAACCAUUACCGAUGGAUUGUGUGGAAGCUGGCAGCGUACGAGCGACGUCCAUUGCCGGGGUCGCAGCCUGACGCCCGCGGCAGUCUUGGACCAGCUGCGGCGCCGUUUGCAGAAGUGAUGCGCCAGGUGGCGGUGGAGCUGGUGGGUGGCGGGCGGCCCAUCCUGGCGGCCAUUCUGGCCCACGACCGACCCGCGGGUCUGCCCAUGGUGCUGGCUAUCAGCGGCCUGCCCGAGCUGUCCGGGCGGUCCCACUUCACGGAGGGUAUGCGGGUGGAGCUCACGGAUGGCUGGUACGGCAUUGCCGCCGGACUGGACGGCCAUCUGGCGCAGCUGGUGCUGUCGGGCAGAUUGACGCUGGGCAGCAAGCUCCGGGUGUGUGGAGCCGACCUGCAGUCAGAGCGGCCCGGGGAGCCCCUGGACCCCGCCACCCGGGGCAGCUCAGCGCUGAGACUCCACUUCAACGGCUGCAGCCCCGUACCCUGGGACGCGCGGUUGGGGGCCCAGGUGCAGCCCGCAGCACUGGCUCUGAGGCCGCUGGGGCAGGUGAUGCCCGGCGGCGGGGCCGUGCCGGCGACGCUCCUGCUGGUGGUUGCCAAGUACGGCACCUUGACGUACGAGAACACACCUCAGGGUGUCGUUAACCGCACACCGAGGGCGCAGGAGGAGCGGCUUCGAGGCGGCGCGGCGCAGCGGAAUGAGGCUGCCGCCGCCGCUGCCGCUGCAGUGCAGCGUGCUGAGUUAGACCGCUGCCGUGCGCUGCUGCGUGGCGGCCCUCGAGCUGCGGCGACCUUCUCCUCCGCCUGCUCCGCCUCCUUCGCGACGCUGCGUGUUCAGCGCGCCUAUGCGACCAUGGUGGUCCGUGGGGCUGGCGGACCGGAUGGUGGCGGGGGAGGUGAGGAGGGCGGCGGCGGGGAGGACGGUGGCGGAGGCUGUGGAGCAUUGCCCGCUGAAGAACAGGCGCAGCUGAGCAGACUGGUUUCGGAGCGCCAAGCCUACCUAGCAGCGGAGGUGGCCAGGCAAACCGAGGAGACACUCAACGGGAAGUCAGGCGGAGCCGGAGGAUUGGGGAGCGGUGGCGGCGGUGACUGCGGAGUGCCGUACCUGCGGCUCCGUGUUGCGGCCGUGACACCGCACGGCGUACCUUCAGGGCCCCCGAGCAACGUAAUGCUGCGGAUUUGGCGGCCACCUGCCGAGCUGGACGAGCAGCUGCGGGAGGGCCAGGUGCUGCUGGCGACGAACCUGACGCCGGGAGCGUACGGCAGCACUAGCGGCGGCGGUAGCGGAGCCGGCAAGGACCCGAACGGCGGGUCGGCGGCGGCGCUGGCGGAUCUGGGUCCCCACGGCCGGCUCCGGUGUCUCGAGCUCACUGCCAGCAAGAUGACCCGGUUUCGCAUUCUGGGUCAGGCUGCCGACCUUUCCCACCAUCUGGCGCUGCCCGCCUACCAGCCCCGCCGGCAGCUGCGCCUCGCGGACAUCGCCGCCGCCCUGCCGGCUGCCCUACAGCAGAGGCUUUUCAUGCCCUCGCCUUACAACCAUGGCCACCUGCACGGCCAUGGGCCAGGGCAGCAAGACCGCGACGGGCAAGGGGCCCUGUCCAGCGUCUUUGAAUUUGACUUCACAGGCUGCGUUGUGCGUGUGGGCGACGUCCAGAUGGUCGGUGGCGGCGGCGGUGUACGGCAGCAGUGGGUGUUCCUGGCGGAUCAGACGUCGGGGCUGUGCGCUGGGGCGAUGGUGGGUGCGUCUGGAGGCGGUGGCGGUGGUGGCGGCGGCGGUGGCGAGGCAAAUGGCGGCGGCGGCGGCGGUGCGGGACCUCAGCCGUGGAUGCUGGCGGUGAAGCUGGUGGGCGCGCCGGAAUCUGUGGACUUCCUGCAAGACCCCGCUCGCCAGCCAGGUGCCGUACUAUCCUUCCGGCAUUUAAUGCUACAAGACCGCGAUGCGGCAAACCAGCUGUGGGUGGCGGCGGCGCCGGACACUGCCAGCGUGGUACGGGUAGCGCCGCCGCCAUCAGGGGGACCCGGCGGCGGCGCCGCAACGGCGCCGCCGGCGCCACGUGGCGGUGACCCUGUGUUAGCUUGGGUGCGGGGUGUCGCGGGACGGGAGCAACUGGUGUUGUACGGCGCAAAGAUUGACCGGCUAUUGGGUGGUGGUUGA